AUGAUCAUGCACAAGUCGACUGUUCACAGCGAAGAUGCAGGUAUGGUCAUCAACACACUAGAAAAAUAUGCAGUAAAGUUUGAUUUUACUAGUUGGAUGUUAUAUGUGGUUGUUAUUGCUACAGCGUUCUCCGUCUUAGCAAUGAUUGUUUUACUGACAAUGCUUUUUACUGGAACAGUUAUGAAACCAGUGAUUAUAGUUAUUUUAAUCGUCGGCACUCUAAUAGAAGUAAUUACGCUAACAAUAGAACUGCAAACCGUAAUUGGCGGCAAAUCAAUAGAACUAGCUGAAGAUGAUUAUGCUCUUGGAGCCUAUAUGAUUUACACAUCAAUCAUUACCAUUUUCCUCAAAUUAGUACAACUUAUCGGUUUGAUAGAGAGCAUGUGA